AUGUCCUCCAGCAAACGAGCUUCUAUGCUUCCUCCACCUCCUAAACCCCCGACUUCCUUUUCAACCAAUAUCACAAUCGCCGACCAUGCCCUUCUUUACGGCACAUAUCUCAUCACCAUCCGGGGACAUACUGUUCUGCAUCCACGCGCAAGAUUAAACAGCAGUUUUGCGCCCAUCACAAUCGGUACCCAAUGUGUUAUUGGUGAGCGCAGCACGAUUGGCAUGUCGAACUUUCCAUCUGAGGAGCAGGUCCAAGGAGUCGUGUUAGAGAACGGCGUUAUAAUAGAAACUGGGGCUGUUGUUGAGGCGAAAUUGGUGGGUCAGGGCAGUCUUAUUGAGAUCAAAGCGAAGGUGGGAAGAGGAGCUGUCAUAGGAAAGGUACACAUCUCGCAUUUCCAUUGCAAGAUUGGAUCAAUGUGUGAGGUUGCGGAAGACGAGAUCAUUCCAGAUUAUACGGUGAUAUAUGGAAAUGGGCUGCGCAGGAUAGAUAAAAGUGGUGUGGAGGCCCUCAAGAUGAAAAUGAUCGGUCGGCAUGUGGAUGUGCUUAGAAAGCUUCUUCCUAGCAAUUUGUCGAAAUAUCAAUGA